AUGGCCAAGAUCAGUCAAGACGUUUCAUCUUCUAGAUCCAAAGCUAGAAAAGCUUACUUCACCUCUUCAUCAGUUGAAAGAAGAGCUUUAUUAUCUGCUCCUUUAUCCAAAGAAUUAAGAGCUCAAUACAACAUCAAAUCUAUCCCAAUCAGAAAAGGUGAUGAAGUUACCGUUGUCAGAGGUUCUAAAAAAGGUUCUGAAGGUAAAAUUUCUUCUGUUUACAGAUUAAAAUUUGCUGUUCAAAUCGAAAAAUUACAAAAAGAAAAAUCUAACGGUGCCUCCAUCCCAAUUAACAUCCAUCCAUCUAAAGUUGUUGUCAACAAAUUACACUUAGAUAAAGAUAGAAAAGCUUUAAUUGAAAGAAAAGGUGGUAAAUUAGAAUAAUUUAAUUGAUUAUAUAAGGUUGUUAAUUUACUAGUUUUCUG